ACAAAUCUUAUGGUGGGGGAAGAACCAGGGGCAUUGAACAAAGGUUGACUGCGUCGGUCGAGGAGCCGGCGCCGCAUUCACGAUUCAAACAUGGCAGCGGCUACCAGCGUUGUCGUGCUCGACAGGGGCAACAAUACCACCUGCACGAUUAAUUUACACGGAGCCACCGUGGUAUCCUGGCGAGUAAAUAAUCAGGAACAACUAUUUGUUAGUAAACAGGCUGUCUUUGAUGGGAAAAAAGCUAUCAGAGGAGGCAUUCCAUUUGUUUUCCCGCAAUUUGGAGCAUGGACGUUUGGACCGCCUCACGGGUUCGCCAGAAUUGUACGCUGGAAUGUGGAGAAGUCACCUGAGCGGUUGCCAAGUGGCGACGUUGAAGCAAUAUUUUCCAUCAUGGACAGUGAAUUCACUCGAUCGAUGUGGAAUUAUCCUUUCAAAUUGACAUACAGGCUAAUUCUUCGGGAAAAGGAAUUACAUUUCAACAUCGGUAUAUACAAUCCCAGUAAAGACCAUACAUUUAGUUUCAAUUUGUUGCUGCACACCUACUUCAAGGUACCGGACGUUAGACGAUGCCAGAUUACAGGCCUUCACGGAUGCACGUUUAUCGACAAGACAAGGGACAAUCAAAUCUUUCAAGAGGGUCGCGACGUGGUGACCGUGUGCGAAUGGACAGAUAGAAUUUAUCAAAAUACACAACCGGAACACAUAAUUACUAACGUUGUGUCCGGUAGGAAAAUGCGAGUACAAAAAUAUAAUUUUCCUGACACGGUGGUAUGGAACCCCUGGCAAGAAAAGGCUCGUGAUAUACCUGAUUUCGGUGAUGACGAGUUUCCAAACAUGAUUUGUGUGGAAAGCGGACACGUUAGUAGUCCAGUCAUAUUACUACCAGGGACAGCCUUUGAGGCCAGUCAAAUCUUACAGGUAAUGUGAGUAGAGGGUGGAUCAACGUCACAUACAACAGCCGUAAAUAAUGGAAAUUCGCUGCUUCCAAUCUCCUCCACGUCAGGU